AUGCCCACCGACAUGACAUGGAACAUGCCCACUGACAUGACAUGGAACAUGCCAGCCAACAUGACAUGGCACAUGUCCACCAACAUGACAUGGGACAUGCCCACCCAAAUGCCAUGGAACAUGUCCACCCACAUGACAGGGAACAGGCCCACCGACAUGACAUUGAACAUGCCCAUCGACAUGACAUGGAACAUGCCCACCUACAUGACAUGGAACAGGCCCACCGACAUGACAUGGAACAUGCCCACCCACAUGUCAGGGAACAUGCCCACCCACAUGACAUGGAACAUGCCAGCCGACAUGACAUCGAACAUGCCCACCGACAUGACAAGGAACAUGCCCACCCACAUGACAGGCAACAUGCCCACCAACAUGACAUGGAACAUGUCCAUCGAUAUGACAGGGAACAUGCCCACUGACAUGACAAGGAACAUGCCCACCGACAUGACAGGGAACAUGCCCACCCACAUGACAUGGAACAUGUCCAUCGAUAUGACAGGGAACAUGCCCACUGACAUGACAUGGAACAUGCCCACCGACAUGACAGGCAACAUGCCCACCGAUUUGACAGGAAACAUGCCCAUGCCUUAA